GAGCAAAGAAGACUCAAUCUCUCAUCAUCUCUAAAUUCUUAGCGAUUCGCUUUAUAGAACUUUGGCAGAAAAAGUAAGAAUCAAAGGUUGGUUUGAGAUAUGGGAGGACCAGCUUACGAUUGUCUGACUAACCCUUUAGGAGCCGUCCGAUUCUCCUUCGUAAAUGCUCUGUCUUCUGGCUACGAUCCGGCGUCGUCUGUCGGAAAAGACUGGGGAGUCGUCGAUUUGUUCCGUCACUACUUCUCCGACGAAUCUGCUAUCUCCCAGGUUCCAGUUCUUGAUUCGUCAAGUAUUAAGUGGGUGCAACCCAAGACUCUUGUUCGGUUUCGUGGAAUGAUACAGGACAUGCUUGGAAAUGAAUUCUAUGCUGGUGCUUACAAGGAUGAUUCAACAUGGAGAACAAACAAGUACAGUGAUGUAUCACAGUUUCCUGAGGGUUCUUCUACUGAAAUGCAAGUUUGGGAGCGUCGCUUACUAUACUGCGUUCCAGUUCCAGGACAAAACCAAUGGACUGAAUGUUCUUCUCAAGAGCUGAAAAACCGAUUUUUGGAUCUAACUGGCCAAAACAGGGAAAAGCGUGUGAGGGUGGAUGAAGAAAUGACUGAUUCCAUUGACUCCAAUGCUUUAGAAGCUGGGCUUAAUGGCUCUCCUUUUAAGAAAAUGAAAGUUGGGGAAGCUACUUCAUCAGCUUCAGAAUCUCAGGUUCCACAAAGUUCUGGUAUUCCGCCUGCUACAAGUACAGAAUCUCUACCUUGUCUUGUGAAGAUGUAUGAUUCUCCGGAGUCAGAUUUGAAGCUAAAUGAUGUGGUUGAAUUCCUUGGAGUGUUGACCUUCGAUCCAAUUGUUAUGAUGGAUACAGAUUCACUUGAUGAAAACUCUGAUGAUCUUUCUGAAGCUGAAUCUGUUCAAAUGCCCUCUGCAAAGCCAAAAUCCCCCCAAAUAUUCAAAGAGAUAAGAGAGAGUUUAAUGAAGUACCUUACUGGCCUACUUGGGAAUGAUCACAUUGCCUCACAGUUCCUAUUAUUGCAUCUCCUGUCGAAGGUGCAUGGAAGAGUAGAUAAUGUUGCUGUUGGGAAGCUUUCGCUUAAUCUCAUACACCUUAACAAAGAAAGCAUGUCUAUCUUUGGUACCCAGCUCAGUGAUGCCCUCAAAAGCCUCCUACCAUUCACACAAUCUAUACCACUUACUAUUGAGUAUCUGAACACUGCCUCCCUCGGUCCCAAGAAAGACUAUCGAAUAAACAGAUUGAUGCCUGGAGUUUUACAAAUUGCUGAUGGUACGCACUUGAUAUUGGACGAAACAGAGUUGCAACCAGGCACCUUGAACUCUGUUGGAGUUGAGAAUGCAAAUCUGCUCAAAAACCUCUUGGAAUGUCAGAAGGUGGAGUAUGAUUUCCAAUAUUACAAAAUGGAAAUGGCCACUGAUGUUCAAAUGCUCAUAUUUUCCGAGGGAAAAUCGAACAUACUGCCCGCCGAUUUGGUUCUACCUUUUCAACCUUCCCAAGUGAAUUCACUGGAAGUCAUCACACCAGAAACAGCAGAAGCUUGGAGGUGCUACUUAGCUACUUGCAAAUCGCUACCACACUCCAUUGGGCAAGAGUUGCAACAGGUGGUAGAGAAUGAUUUGGUUGCAGCUAGACAAACGGAUCGUAGUUUAGGCAGCCAAGACUUGAGCAGAUUGUUGACAAUGGCUCGUAUGAUGUCUGUGAGUUAUGGUGAGACUACGCUUUCACUAGAGCACUGGCAAAUGGUGUUGGAACUAGAAAGACUUAGAAAGGAGAGGCUCAAGUAAAACCACUGAAACGAAGAAGGGAGACUAAAGGUUUCGAGAUUAUUUGGAUCUUGUAAUUUUCACUAAGUUAUAUAUGAGCAAGAAGAACAAUCGUUUCCUAUCUAUUUAUAAGGUUAAACUUUGAGCUUUUGACUGGUAAUGGAAAUUGUUUGAAAAAAAUAAGAAAAUAGUGUCGAAUUU